UAACCACUAUGAUCAAGGUCGGCACUGAACAUAUGGGGGAAGCGCCUAUAUCUGGUCGUCGUCACUUCUGCCUUUCCGCGUCUCCUUUUGGUCGCGCUCAGUCGCCUCUUGGGGUCGUUCGCCGUCUCCUCCGAGCGAAACCAUGAGCGUCGUCAGCAGCAGAAGCGAUGGCGAGAAACGCCGGCCUCCGCCCGACCCGGUGGCGGUGCUGAGAGGUCACCGCGCUUCCGUCAUGGACGCCACCUUCCACCCCUCGAGAUCCUUUCUCUUCACUGGCGCCGCCGACGGAGAGCUGCGGAUUUGGGACACCGUGCAGCACCGUACGCUCUCCUCCACCUGGGCUCAUGGCGGAGCUGCAGGCGUCUACUGUGUUGCUACCAGUCCAUCUUUUGGGGAAAGAGUUGUGAGUCAGGGCAGAGAUGGGACAUGUAAAUGCUGGGAGAUUGAGGAAUCUGGUCUCUCCAGGAAGCCUCUGGUUACAUUCAGGACCAACACAUAUCACUUCUGCAAACUUUCAUUGGUGAAGUCCCCUGCAAGCACAGAACUAUUGGGGCAAAAAUCUGUUGACCCAUUGGAUGGGAAAUCUGCUUGUUCUACUAAUGACAGAGAGAUUCUUGAUUCAGAGGAAGGGGGGCAGUAUUUUCCUGAUGUAAAUAGUGAUGAGACAUCUCCAAAACAAAUAGAAGGCUUCAAUACAACUAGAGGAUCAAUGUUGAUGGCUGUAGCUGGAGAAGAAUCUUAUCAGGUUAAAAUAUGGGAUCUUAAUAGUGGACAAUGGUUGAUGUGCUUGCCUCAAAUUUCUGACGCUAUUUCCACAGAACCUCCAAUUAAACGAAGAGGAAUGUGUAUGGCUGUCCAAGCUUUUUUAUCAUCUGAAUCACAGGGAUUUUUAAAUAUUUUAUCUGGUUAUGAAGAUGGUAGCAUGCUUUGGUGGGAUAUAAGAAAGCCUGUCACUCCAUUAUGUUCUGUAAAAUUUCAUUCAGAAGCAGUUUUAUCCCUUGCACUUGAUGGAUUAUGCAAUGGUGGCAUAUCUGGAGCUGCUGAUAACAAAGUAGUGUUAUUCCAUCUCGAUCAUCAAAAGGGUACUUGUACUAUUAGGAAAGAAAUAAGUGUUGAUCAUCCAGGCACAGCUGGCACAUCAAUAAGAGCAGACAGUAAAAUUGCAGCAACUGCAGGAUGGGAUCACAGAGUACGAGUGUAUAAUUAUCGGAAAGGAAAUGCCCUAGCAAUCCUAAAAUAUCACAGUGGUUUGUGCAAUGCGGUGACGUUUUCAACCGACUGCAAGCUGAUGGCAUCUUGCUCUCAGGACUCGACUGUUGCAUUAUGGGAUCUUUAUCCUCCUCGUAUCUAACCAAAAGGAAAAAGUUUCUGCACUGCUUUACACAAUCCACUAUUCUACUAUGAGCAUUAAGGAAUUCCAAAAAAGGACAAAUCUUAGCUCAAGGCCCACAGGAGUUGGUAAUCCAAUGCCUACUCGUUCUCUUAAGUUUUUUCCACUUACCCUUUUCUUUUCUCCUUGUCAGUGAUCAUUUAAGGUGCCACUUUGCAAUGAUAUUACCUUCUGGUUUUUCCUCUCCAAUUGCUGCGGACAAAAACAAAUGAGUCAUAAGCUUUAACUUCACAUGGUCAUUCUCAAUCGCCUGAUAUCUAACUGACCAUAAAUUAAUGGCUUAGAUGGCCUCAAUUCAAUUACCAGCUUUUUAAACAUGUACUCUGGAUUGCAAGUGAGUUUAUUUAAAUUACGAGUACCAACUUCUACUUGAA